GGCAGAAGUACAACCACAUGGUUGACAUGUGGGCCUUUGGCGUCCUGAUGUACCUUCUGAUGUACGGUCAUUACCCGUAUGACUCGAAGAACACCCGAGACAUCAUGAUGAAGGUGCUGACAGAGCCCAUCCGGUGGCAAACAAAAGCAAAACUAUCCCAGCAGACGCUUGGCUUUUUGAAGCGGUGCUUGGAACCCUCGGUCCGAAAGCGCAUGACCGCUGAG